CGCCCCCGGCCCGCCGCCCCGGCGAAGUUUCCCUGGGCGGCUCCGGGCGCGGAGCGAGCAUGAAGCCCGACGGGAAGGUGGUGCUCCUGGGCGACGUGAACGUGGGCAAGACGUCGCUGCUGCAGCGCUACACCGAGCGCCGCUUCCGCGACACCGUCAGCACCGUCGGCGGCGCCUUCUGCCUCCGCCAGUGGGGGCCGCACAGCAUCUCCGUCUGGGACACGGCAGGUCGAGAACAAUUUCAUGGACUUGGAUCUAUGUACUGCAGAGGAGCAGCAGCUGUUAUCCUCACUUACGAUGUAACCAACUUGCAGAGCAUCUUGGAACUUGAGGAUCGGUUCCUGGCCUUGACAGACACUGCCAGUGCAGACUGCAUCUUUGCUAUUGUUGGGAACAAAGUGGAUCUCACAGAUGCUUUUGCCUUUUUGCCAGAAACAGAAGGUGAAUGUCAGCCCCCCGAGCAGCCCAUCAACAGUCUCACUUCUACCAAGUUGAAAAAACAAGUCCAUAUGAGUGAUGCCAUAGCACUUUAUAAGAAGAUCCUAAAAUACAAAAUGUUGGAUGAGAAGAAUGCUCCAGCAGCAGAAAAAAUGUGUUUUGAAACUAGUGCAAAAACAGGGUAUAAAGUGGACCACGUAUUUGAAACUGUAUUUGAGAUGGUAGUACCAGUAAUUUUGCAGCAGAAAACUGAAGGGUCACUGCAAACUGUAGAUUUAAAUAAUAUCAAGACAACUAAAAACAUACAAUCCAGCUGUUGCAAAUAAACAACCAUUGAAGGAUAUAUAAAAAAAUAUAAAGGUGAACCAGAUCAACUACUUUUUUGGCAUAAUAGAUCUAUGAAACUGAACUUGAUUAAUAGAAUGGAUUAACAGAGGCAAACACUUAAUUGGGGAAGGUUUGAAACAAUGGCAUAAAAUUUGACUUUAAAGCUAUUAUUUAAAACUUCUAUAUUCAGCUGAGUGUGAUUUAUCCACAUUAAAUAUGUUAUAUUCAUCUGUC